AUGCCCGCAACAACAACGUGGGGCUGUUCGCGCUGCACGUUCGAGAAUGACGGCCGCGCGCGCCAAUGCGCCAUGUGUCUGAGCGAUCGUAUGUCGAUGUCGCUGUCUGGAGCGACGUCGGAGGAGGUGCCGACUGUAGUGAAGUCCGAUCGGUGCGGUCUGCAGACGGCAACAGAGGACGCGAAGGAGGAGACGAAGCAGCAGGCGGCGCUGCAGUCGCCGUCUCUACUGCUCGUUGGGGUCGGCAGUUCGCCCGAAAAAGAGCGCCGGCGCGUGCAGAAGAAGCUGCAGCAACUCAAGGAACUGGGCAUUGGACUGCCCGAUGACGAGCUGCUGACGUUGCUGCAGCGCAACUGCUUCAGUGUGUCAGGGGCAGCGUCCGCGUACUUUGAGCGACAGGAGCAGCGCGAGGCAGUGGCCAGUAGUGCUGGUCCAGAAGAUGAAGCAAUGAAGCGGAGGAUGGAGCAGCUGCUGGGAAAGCUGGACAGGAAGACGGGGGACUUUGAGGUGCUGGGCAAGACGUCCAUGCAGGCUCUGGUGAACCGCCCGGGCGUUCAGCUUCACGCAGGUGCGGAACUGCUAUUGCAGGCGGAAAAUGCAGGUAAGAAGAGGAUGAGACCUGGACCGUCGGCUAGUUCCACAGUGUCAGGGAUCGUGAGGAUUGCUACCGCGCAGCACGCACAGAUUGGGCGCCUCGAGAGGAGCAUGGAGCUGCUGUUGCACCCGUUGAUGAAAAGCGGACUUGUGAAACUCGCAGGAAUGUGCGAGAUAUCGCCCGCGUCUUCGCGCAUGUUUGCGUCUUUCGAUGUGACUGUGUUCAUCUAUAUCAAGAGGAGCGCGUUCGACGUGUUCGCGGAAGGCAACCCGAACUUCCAUCUCUCAGACCAUCUGUACGACUUGCUCCAAAAGGUCAAUGGAGCUGAAGCGCCUUUUGUAGACGCGACAGCGUCCCAAUCAAGCUCUGGACCGGAUGGUCAGUCGUCUCAGGUGAACGUCGGAGACCUGGACGCUCUUUUCUCAGAGUGCGGGGAAAGGGACCUCCACGAUGUGGCUGAUAGCGUGGACGAGGUGGAUCCAUCGGAGCACCUUGUAGAGUACCUAAAUGAGACCAAGCUGCGAGACCAUCAAAAACAAGCCCUAAGAUGGAUGUUGUGGCGAGAAGACCAACUGAGGGAUGGCGCACGUGAGCAGCAGAUCGACGAUCUUAUGUGGAAGGAGUGUCGAUUUCGAUCGCAUGGCACAUACUUUGUGAACCCAUUUGAAAAGAGUGCGUCGCUCACUCGGCCAAAACCCCCUGCUCCUUGUCUGGGCGGAAUCUUGGCAGAUGACAUGGGAAUGGGUAAAACAAUGAUGAUGCUUUCGCUAAUAGCUUAUCAGAAGCACGUCGGUGGGGCAAAGUCUGGCGACAACGACUCAGCAAGCCGGGGAAGCAGGAAGGCGACGGGAAAGACUCUGGUGGUUUGUCCGCUGAGUUUGCUUCACCAGUGGAAAAAUGAAGCGUUCGAACGCUUUCGCCCCAACACUCUGAGCGUUUGCUUACACUACGGUGACGACCGCGACGCAAACUCUGGUCUCACUACGCCGCGUCUCAGCAAAAGCGACAUAGUGCUCACCACAUACGGAGUGCUAUCAGCAGAGUUCAGCAGGAAUGGCCCCGUCAUGACGACCACUUGGGACCGUGUCAUUCUUGACGAAGCUCAUAGCAUCAAGAACAGGUCCGCCGGCUAUUUCAAGACGUGCUCGGCCUUGAAAGCUACACAUCGAUGGUGUCUGACUGGCACGCCCAUUCAGAAUACUCUGGACGAUAUGUUUUCACUGCUUUGCUUCCUCCAGUAUCAGCCCUGGUCUCGAGUCGCUUGGUGGAAGAGAGUGAUCAUAAAGCCGUACGAAGAUGGCAAUGAUGCAAACACGCUUGGCCGCCUGAAGGCGAUUUUGACGCCAAUAUUGCUUCGUCGCACGAAGCGUUCACGGGACAAGCAGGGCAACAUGAUUGUCCAGCUACCACCGAAGCACGUUGACUUGGUAGAGCUGGAGUUUUCCUCGGACGAGCGUGCCUUCUACCAAGCAGUAUAUGACCAAAGCAGGGCAGAGUUCAAUGGUUUUGUUGCGAGCGGUGCAGCGAUGACAAGUUACGUCGCCAUUUUUGCCCUGUUGCUCCGUCUCCGCCAAGCCUGCGACCACCCUUUGCUUGCGCUUGGCAAAGACUUCGAGCAAACGUUAAAGUCUGACGACAAGCGCGUAGACGCUGCAGCACAAGCCAAGCCAGCUUUCCAGCCUCAAGCAGGUGAGAGCCCCAAAGCGUACUACUCGCGCAUUGCCGCCCAGUUACAGAAAAACAUGCAAGCCAGCAUUUGGCCACAGCUCUUUCAAGGCGAAGGUGACGGAUCCGGCAACGGGUCCAUCAUGACGGGUGGGCUAACGUCUUCCUACAUUCAGAACGUGAUAGCUCAGGUCGAAGACGACUUGGAUUCCCAGGAGUGCCCGAUUUGCUUGGACCCGCCGCGCGACGCCGUCUUGACACCAUGCGCCCACGUACUGUGCGACCAGUGUCUUCGAGAUAGUCUGGCAAACGAUCCCGAGGACGGUUGCCCCGUGUGCCGGACCGUGGUCGACAUUGCGAAGGUGUACAAGCUGCCACCCGCUUCUGCAUCGAAGACAGAGGACGAUGAACACCGCAAGGACAGCAGUCUGAUCGACAUGGCCACUGAUGUUGUGGCCUCUGCGACUAGAGGCGACACCGGUAGUUGUUCGAGCUUCGAGUCUGCCAAGCUGCAGCAGCUGCUCCGUGAUCUGAACCUGAUCAAGUCCGAGAAUCGCAAUACCACGUCGCCCAAGCAGAAGCGAAAAGUGGUCGUCUUCUCCCAGUGGACGUCCAUGCUGCACAUGGUGUCGCAGCUCCUCUCGCGUCACGGGUUCUCGCACUGCACGUUCAACGGCGGACUCAACCAGGAGGCACGCGAGCGCGUGCUGACCAAGUUCGCUACAGAUCCGGACGUUGAGGUCCUCGUCAUCAGCCUGCGAGCCGGCGGCGUAGGCCUCAACCUCACGUGCGCAUCCGUGGUGAUCCUCCUGGACCCGUGGUGGAAUCCUGGCGUCGAGGAGCAGGCGAUCGACCGCGUGCAUCGGCUGGGCCAGACGCAAGACGUUCUGGUGAAGCGCUACGUGGUCAAGGACACGGUCGAGGACAUGAUCUUGGAGCUGCAGCAGCGCAAGCAGAAGCUGGCGACGCACGUGCUCGUGGUCGCUAAGGCGUACGACGAGCAGCAACGCAGCGAGCGCCUGAACUUGGCCGACCUGCGCAGCUUCUUCCGCUGA